AGAUAAUCGCCCGCGACAUAUACCUAUUUCUGGUAGGUGUUUUUCGUAAUUUGUGCCAUGUAUUUGUCCUUGACUGUUGUCUGCUUGGUGCUGGGAAGAGUGGUAGCCAAUAUCACUGGACAGCACCCCGUGUCCGGGACGUGUCUGUGCCUCAGCACCUCCAAUGUCAACGCACAUACAGGCCCUGGCCUCCAUGAGCCGGUGCAUGCGUCCUUGUCUAUAAACCACUGCUACAAAUUCCACGGUGGUAUCCUCACCAAAGAUGGCUACGAGUGGUACCAGCUUCAGAACGUUAAUGGAGAGAACCUUUGGGUAGUAGGGCGAUACUUAAACAUUGGAUCUGAUGUAUCCCUAUGUACUGCUGGAACUUCUUCAUGUUCAGAUACAACUGCUAAGAACCAAGCAUGUGAAAUUCUACAGCUACAUAACUCUGGUCGAAUCGUUCUCUGGGAUCGCCAUCCUUCGGGUAACCACGACAAUGCCUAUGCUUACAACAAUAUCCGGGAUACUUGUAGGGGACUAGGAGCUUCUAGGUCAAGCUAUUACUGCGACCUAUGUGGUAAUAACACGCCUGGGGGUCACGUGUGUCUCAGUAGGACCCUGUUACAAUUCAUAUACGAUUUGGCCAAAGCAGGCAGCAUGCAUGUGAAUGAAAUAGCGGGGGCGUGUCACCACUGUAACUCCUCUCAUUACAAAGGCACAGCUGUCGACAUCCAGACCAGUUCCAGGAACACAGAGAUCAUGGCCAAGUGUAGAUCAAUGGGAGGAUUCGCUCUCGAUGAGACCAGCCACAUCCACUGUAACUUCUAACAAAAUAAAAAAUAUAUU